CCCCCUCAUAGUCCUCCACCCUACUCCCCUUUCACUCUUAAUCUCAUUUUCUUUUGCUACUUUUCUUCUUCUGAACAUCAUACAUAAGCUCCAAGUAAGUAUUAAAGUUAGCCCUAGCAUAUAUAAGCAGAAGACGAGUGAGAGGCAUGAAGGAGAGUGGGAGGAAGCAAGGGGCAGCCUCACCAUGUGCAGCAUGCAAACUUCUAAGGAGAAGGUGUGCCCAAGACUGUGUUUUUGCUCCUUAUUUCCCUGCUGAUGAGCCCCAGAAGUUUGCUAAUGUGCACAAGGUGUUCGGUGCUAGCAAUGUCAACAAGAUGCUUCAGGAGUUACCCGUCCACCAACGAGGCGACGCAGUUAGUAGCAUUGUCUAUGAGGCCAACGCCAGGGUGCGUGACCCGGUUUACGGCUGUGUCGGAGCCAUAUCAUCACUACAGCAGCAGAUAGACGCCCUUCAAACCCAGUUGGCCCUGACACAAGCAGAGGUGGUGCACCUCCGGGUGAGACAGACUGCAUCCUUUCCACAUGGGUUCUGCCCGACAAGCCCAAGUAAUAGUGGGUCACCCACAUUCAAGCUCAUGGGUUCACAAACCAUGCCCACUUUUGACUUGGAUAUGGUAGUGGAUCAGGCUAGCCUUGGAGAGCCCAUGUGGUCAUUCUAGCUUAAUUUAUCAUAUUAUAUGCAUGUUUAGGCUACAUUUUUGUCACCCUAUAAUGAAUCCCCCUCUUAAUAUAGUCCCUAAAUCCUUUAUAUACAGCAAUUUAUAAAGUAAAGAUAAUGAGAAGCGGUGACUAUAGCGGUGGUGCUGCGGUGGCUAGAGCGGUGGUCAAGGUCAUUUAGCUAAGUUUGGUUUGAAGAGAGUCUCUUGUCAUUAACCAUAUAAUGUACAUAUAAAAUUUAAACUUUAUAUAUAGAGUAAUUUAUAUAAUGGACUGAAGCCAACGUAUGAAUUUCUCCGUUUCUGUACAAUUGAUUUUGAUAGAAGACCACUUAUAUGUUCUGCAUUGGCUUGAUACUAUUAUAGUGUUGGUUUAUCUGAAUUUGGGUGUAAGCACCAUUGUAUGAAACAAAUCCUUUAUCA